GCGGCCCAGCGCCUGUGACUCGGCGCGGCCUGCUGAGCGGCGCGGGUUGUGGAGUGCUCGCGCCGGGGACCGCGGCGCAGCGGCGGGAAGACGCCCGGAGCUCUCCGGCGGCGGGGAUGCGGAUCGGUUUGGGGCCCGAAAACGAAAGGAGAAAUCGGAAGUGACGUCGGGUGCAAACAAGCCGGGCCGGGUGGCCUGCAGUGAGUCUGCGGCGGCAGAUGGAAAGGCCCGCCUUGCCGUGGGCCGUCGAGGGUGGUCGCGAGGCCCAGCGCUCCCGCCCGGCCAGCCCCGAGCCCGGGUCCCCGGGACCCGCCCGCCGCGGGACAGCCCAGGAUUAGGAGGACCCGGGGGCUCCCGUCGUGAGCAUCCACUGGGGACUAGCACAGUGGCGCACUUUUUCUCGUGAGGCGCUCCCCCUUCAUCCCUGGGCUCCGACACACCGAGGUGAUCCUGGCUCUCCUUGGCCUUACCUCUUUUUCUCUCCGCCUCCUCUUCUCGAUCAUCUUUUUCACCCCUCCUUCUAUUCUUCAGAAUUUUGGCCUCAUCAGUCAACUUAGCUUCUCCUCUCUGGAGUAGUGCCACGAUACGGGUUCUCUUUCCACUCCCUCCUCCCCAGAGUCCGGUGCUCUUCUCCCCUCAAACACUGGUAAUUCCAUCUAUAAACCCUGAUUUAUAACAUGGAAGAUGUUUAGAGCUGGAAAGAGCACUAGAGAUGCCCGUUUCAACCAUCUUCAUUUCGUAGGUUUUUUAACAUCCAAAUUCCAAGAAUAUACUGGAUACCGGUCUUAUAAAACUAAGAGGAAAUCAUCAAGAAAUGUUUUAAUUAUUGAAACUACGGUUGAAAUCAUGGCUACAUCAGCAAAUCUGGAUGUUGGAGCCCGGCUGAUAGUGGAGGAAUGUCCCGCCAGUUACAAUCUAACUGGCGUGCCAGACGUCAAAAGAGAACAGCCGCUGGAUGCAAGUGCAGAAGAAGGAUCCGCGCAGGGUGUUGCCAUGGGAAUGAAGUUUAUAUUGCCUAACCGAUUCGAUAUGAACGUGUGUUCUCGAUUCGUGAAGUCCUUAAACGAGGAGGAUAGUAAAAAUAUUCAAGAUCAGGUUAACUCUGACCUAGAGGUGGCAUCUGUCCUCUUUAAAGCUGAGUGCAAUAUCCACACGUCUCCUUCUCCGGGAAUCCAAGUGAGGCACGUCUACACUCCCUCCACAACCAAGCACUUCUCCCCCAUCAAACAGUCGACUACUUUAACCAACAAACACAGAGGAAACGAGGUCUCCACCACGCCUCUGUUAGCAAAUUCUUUAUCUGUUCACCAGUUGGCUGCUCAGGGAGAGAUGCUCUACCUGGCUACCCGUAUUGAGCAAGAAAAUGUUAUCAAUCACACGGAUGAAGAAGGGUUUACUCCUCUGAUGUGGGCCGCAGCACACGGGCAGAUAGCUGUGGUGGAGUUUCUGCUUCAGAAUGGUGCCGAUCCGCAGCUUUUAGGAAAAGGUCGAGAAAGUGCACUGUCCCUGGCCUGCAGUAAAGGCUACACAGAUAUUGUCAAAAUGCUGCUUGACUGUGGAGUUGAUGUCAAUGAAUACGAUUGGAAAAUGGAGCUGACCCAACAAUUGAAACCGACUCCGGAUAUAAUUCUAUGGAUUUAGCUGUCGCCUUGGGCUACAGAAGUGUUCAACAGGUUAUUGAGUCACAUUUAUUGAAGCUGCUUCAAAACAUCAAGGAGUAGACGUCAUCGUCAGGAAGCGUUACCUGCCCUGCGUUUACUUUGGGGCCCUUAUAAAUGAUAGUUUUGUUUACUUAUAAAUUUUUACCUCAGUUGCAAUAUUUACUGAUUUGAUUUUUAGUAAGUUUUAAUAAAUAUUCUUCUGAGUAAUUCACUGGUUUAUAAUAAAGUUAAUGUUGAUGCUUUUUAUAUAAAUGUGUUUUACUGCAUAUUUAAAAUCAUAAAUUAAUGUUUUGUGGCGUGUAAAUUGUUACGGUACAGACACUCAUCUGUCUUUGUAUCAAGUGCUGUAAUUUAACACGUUCAGAAAUUAUUCUGCCCUAUUCAUCUUGACUCUUGUAUCAACUCCUUGACUUUAUAUGGGGUUUGCUAUAAAUCCAUAGGAGAAAAGAUUGUUAUUGUUGAAUUAAAAAAUGCACAGUGUGAUUGUUUACAAAAUGAUAUAAUAAAUAAAGUACUUUUUCUGUUAGUGUG